UAUUUGGUGCCGGAGGGUCAUCAACAUGUACCAGCCUCGGCCGGUGCUACUAACGUCGUCCUGGCAACUGUGCCCCAGCUGCAUCAUCAUUUAGACGCGUCGACAGCCUCUGCCGAUGCUCGGCCGCCGCGUGAGGAUGCGCUGUCGACCGCGUCAGCAUGUGGGCUCUGUGGCGUGCGGUGGGCAAAAGACAAAAACAUGUUUCCGCCUGCUCUGACGGCUCGUGUGCCAGCGGCGUCGGCAAGAAUAACGAGUAUGAAUGAUGAUAGAAAUAGGAUUUACAAGGCGAGUGGUUGGACAUGA